UCCGAUCAGGUGGUACCUAACCUACCAUUACGUGGUGAAAUAUACUACCAUGCGUGGGGUGAUCUGUGUCGCUGUUUUAUUCGCGCUAUGCACCGUCAUAGCGGCGAGUCACCACCACGAGCACGGCGGUGGUCACCACCACCACGGUGGUCAUCACCACGACCACGGUCACCAUGACCACGAGGGUCACAAGGGCCACCACCAUCACCAUAAGGGUGAUGAGGGCCAUCAUGGCAAGCACCACCAUGGGGAACACCACCAUGAACACGACGGUGGUCAUAAGAAGCACUGGGAUGAACACGACGCCCAUGGUGACCAUCACGAGCAUGGGCACCAUCAUAAAGGCGGCGAUCACGCCCACCACGAACACUUUGACAGGGGUCACCAUCUAGACGGUUUCCACAAGAAGUACCACAAGGAUCACUUCAACAAGGACACCGACUUCUACGACAAGCACCACGCUGAAGGCAAACACCACAAGUACGGUGACCACCACGCCCAUCACCACAACGACGAGGGUCACCACUCCGAUGGUCACAAACAUCACUCCGGGCACCACGAGGGCCAUCACGGACAUCACGGGCAUCACGACAAGGGUCACCAUGACGAUGGUCACCACGACCAUCAUGGUCACCACGGUCAUGAAGACCAUGACCACCAUCACCAUGAUCAUGGCAAGAAGGGUCACCACGACCACCACAAGGGCUGGGGUCAUCAUGAAAAACAUUAG